CUAGAUAUCAAUGUCAAAAUAGCGCGGGAGUAACGAGGAUUUAUUUUUAUUUAUUAUCUUAUCUUAUCGUUAUUAUUUCAGUUCCUUUUACUCCACAUUACUUGAUUGAAAUAUUAUGUUAGCAAUAUGCGGAAAACAUUAAGCCUUAAGAAGGCAGGGCCUUCUAAGAAACAAAAGUCUAUUACAGACUUUCUUAAAGGUGCUACUAAUGGUGGUAGCCAGAAGCUACCUACUGCGAAUAAAAUAGAUGUCGAAUUAGAAAAAACUAGUGAUAACAAAACUGUCAAAAGAAAGGCAUCGUCGCAAAUUGUUGAUGAAAGCGAUCUUGAAGAAUUUGACAAAAAACUAAACUCGCAGCAUGGAAGUUUAAGAAAUACUCCGAAAAAGUGUAAGACUGAAAAUAAAAUUAGUUCACCAUACUUUAAAACUAGUCCUAAGAAGAGAUCACCGAAUAAGGAAAACAUUUUUACUAAGACAAAAUCUCCUAAGAAGAAUCUCCUGAUAGAUUUUGAUGGAGUUGGUAAGAGUACUAAAGAGGCUGACAAAUCGUCACCUAAAUUGGAACAGACUUGUCCCACCCCACCAAAUGCUAAGAAUAAUAUAGAAAAUCAUGUAUUACCUGGUAAAAUCAAUAAUGGUAUUAAAGACAAAUCAUGUAUAUUUCAAAAUGGAGAUAAAUCAGACAAUAAAAUAAAGGUUGUCACCCCAAGUAAACUGUCACCACAUAAUAGUAAUGGUCAUGUACUCAGCCCUAAAUUGAGAAGGAGUAAAACACCUAAGAAAAGUCCCUUGCAAGGAGUUCUUUUGCUCUCCAGUCAAUAUACUAACAACUCCAGAGAAGCUACUCAAGGAGGUUUUAUCUCCUUCUAAAAGUGGUUCCACUGUCAAAGUGCUAGAUUUUGGGUCUGACAACUUCUGUGAUGAUUUUGGAGAUGAAUGGGACCUUAAUGACAUGGAGGAGGAUGGCAUAGAAAACCUAGAUUUAAGUACAAUGCAGCGCUGUGAGAUAUUGAGUGCUAAGAAGAUCACAAAUAGAAUAGAACUAAGGCUGAAGAAUAAUAAUGACAUGAGAGCUACGUGUUUUGUGGAAGGAUUUUGGAUAGACACUCCCUUGGUCCCAGGCGACAUAGUCAGUGUAUUAGCCUCGCGGGAUUCCUCAGGGCACUACAUUGUGACCAACACAUCAGGUCUCCUAGUGCUACGUCCAGACCACUUAAUAUCCAGCACCAGUGUUGUGGCUGGAGUCUUCUGCAAACGUAAAGCUGUGCUACAGGAACGGUGGAGAGGAAUCGAUUCCGCUAAUAUGGCUAUGACAACAGGAAUAUUGAUACACGAACUGGUACAGAAAGCUCUGACUCAAAAGAUAGUGUCGACGGAACGCCUUCGUUCAGUGACGGAUGAUAUAAUAAAGGAGUCAGUAGACAGGCUAUUUGAUGCCGGACUGAGUGAGGAGGAGGCGAGGAAUACUGUGUACAAGUAUAUACCACCGCUAGCCGAAUUUAUGAAUACUUAUGUAGCUGAUAAACCACCUACUGUUGCGAAUGUGAAAACAGAUAAAAAUAAUUGGUCGGGACAUAUUGAUAAAAUAUUGGACAUUGAGGAGAACCUUUGCUGUCCCAAACUCGGGCUGAAGGGGAAAAUCGAUGCCACCCUACAAGUCACCAUACACGAAAGGAAUAGUCGGAAGAAGGCGGUGGUUCCUCUCGAACUGAAGAGUGGCAAGGCUUCAAUGUCUGCGGAGCAUCGUGGCCAGUUAGUGCUGUAUGGUAUGAUGCUAAACUUACAGGCCAACGAGGACCCCACCCAGGCCGCCCAGAGAGGCCUACUGCUCUACCUAAAAGAUCGCGUGGACAUACGUGAAGUUAGCUGCGGUUACCCAGAACGUCGAGAUCUGAUCAUGUUACGCAACCAACUCGUACAGUACGUCACAACGUCUCCUCAAGACAUCGACCCAGAAAAUCUAGUAGACAUUGAAGAAGCGGCUAUCAUGCUGCAACAGAAGCUUCCGGAGCCGGUAGACCAUCACAACGCCUGCACCAAGUGUCCCUACCUGACUCUCUGCUCAUUGCAUCUCUGGCAUACAGACGGUCCCACCGUGUCGGAGUCUCAUCCCCUCUCCAACUUGCGUACUGAAGCAUUGGGCCAUCUCUCCCCUAAACACAUUGAGUACUUCCUGCAUUGGACGGCGCUGCUCAAGAUGGAAGAGAGAGGACAAAUGAUGGCGUCACCGCUACACGCACUAUGGACUGAUAGUGUUGAAAAAAGAGAAAAGCGUGGUACAUGUGCUGCGAACUUGAAACUAGUCACUGUCACACACCUAGAAGACAGAUAUCUGCAUGUGUUUCAGAGAAAUGUUGGCAACAUUGGUAAGGUGAUGUGAAGGUGGCAAAAGGACCUCAAGAAGGAGAGUUUUCAAUAGUCAGCAUAGAGAACCGACCGUGGAUUGCAGCCGGAGUAGUGACCGUCGCUAAUGCCAAAGAAAUACACAUAUUUUUGGAAAGAGACCUAAGUGGUCGUUUGAACAAACAGACUGUGUACCACAUAGACACGUACGAGUCUUACGCGACUACAGUACAGAAUCUCACUAAUCUGGGUGUUUUGCUCGAAGACAGCGAUCGAGCUGACAGACUACGAAGGUUAAUAAUUGACAAAGAGCUUCCACAGUUCGAAGUGAAGUUGCCUCGUGACGUGGGUCGGCUGGGGGCGCGUCUCAUGAAGUCACUAAACAUUCAACAACAGCGCGCCGUGCUCAAGUCUAUAGCUGCCAAGGACUAUGCGCUGAUAAAAGGCUUGCCUGGCACUGGUAAGACGCAGACAAUAAGCGUUCUGAUCCAAAUGUUGGUAGCGUUGAAGCAACGCGUCCUCGUCACUGCGCACACGCACUCCGCUGUAGACACAGUACUUAGCAGGUUACCUGAAUCGUUGCGAGUGAUGCGGUUGGGGUCGUCGACCCGAAUAGCUCCCGUUUUACAGGCGCGCAGUGAACAGUCCCUCACCUCUGCCUGCGACACUCCGGAAAAACUAGCUGCACUAUAUGAUUCUAUGGAAGUAGUCGGAGUGACUUGUUUGGGCGCUGCACACGCCAUGUUAGCACGAACUACUUUUGAUCUCUGCAUUGUUGAUGAAGCUACGCAGGUGUUACAAUGCACUGUGUUGCGGCCAUUGUUCGCAGCAAAGAGGUUUGUUCUAGUGGGAGAUCCGGAGCAGUUACCGCCUGUCGUCAGGAGCAGAGCCGCGAGGCGCCUAGGUAUGGAAGAGAGCUUAUUCCAUAGACUGAUGUGUGAAGAGGCGACAUCAACGCUACAACUCCAGUACAGAAUGAAUCAAGCUUUAGCGGACGUCGCCAACUUAGUUGCUUAUAACAACCGCCUUCAGUGCGCUGACAAUAACGUCGCACAAGCCCGACUUAAUAUCGAUGUACAGAAAAUACCUCAAUUGUCAGCUUCACCGUGGUUGACGAUAGCCUGUAGUCCCGAGCCACAGAACGCAGCGUUGUUUUUAGAUGUGAUGUCCCACAAUAUUGAAAAUGCGCCAGAUGGUCCUAACAAGAACUCCUGUGCAAACCCAAUAGAAGCUUGCGUGGUUAUAGCGCUGUUGGAAGCAUUGAAACAGGGUAAUGUCAAGUCCUCAGAUAUAGGUGUGAUAGCUCCAUACCGCGACCAAGUAGCACUCCUGCGCCGCUCUCUCCAACAUCUCGCCGUAGAGGUCAGCACUGUCGACCAGUUCCAGGGACGAGACAAAUCUGUCAUCAUAUACUCGUGUACGAAACGAUCAGACAAACAUGAUGACAAGAAGGUUAAGGAAGGUGAAGUCCUCAACGAUCAGCGCCGUCUAGCCGUUAGUGUGACCAGAGCAAAGCACAAACUAUUAAUAGUUGGCAACUCCGUAGCUUUGCGUCGGUAUGCGCCGCUACAGAAACUCAUACAAACUUGCAACUCGGUCCAAUUAGAUACUAAUAUUGUAAACAAAUUAUGUAAUAAAUAUAAAAUGUACGUGUCUUGACAGUAAAACUGUAAUAAAAUUGUAAUGUAAUCGUGUCUUAAUUUUUUGUAAUACAUAAAUAAGUCUGAAUUUUAAUAAAUAUCAUGUUUAUAGGUUUUCAUUAUUAAUAAAUGAUUUUUUAC